UUGAAUAUGCCUAAUGAUGUCAUUAUUAAAUAUUAUUUCAAAAUAUGUAUUUGUUUGAUAAUUUUGUUAACUUAUAAAAGUACUAUUAUAGAAAUAUAAGUGUCAUUUUCUCUAUCUUAUCCGUGCAUACGUGUAAAGUAAUUUUUUUAUUCAAAUAUUUUGCGUAACAAUGGGUCUCCUAUAAAACAUUUUUUAAAUAAGUUUAUUUGUGGAAAAACUAUUAUAAUGACUAGUUUAAAACUAGAGCUUGACGAAUAUCUCAGCAAGAAUCAAAAGAGUGUAGGUAGCAAUGGACAUGUGAUUAUUCCUAAAGUUAUUAAAAAAUUCAUUAAUGGCGAAAUCAGUGAACAAACUGAGAACUUGUUGGAUGGAUCUCAACAAAGUUAUAUAUCUUUUCCAACAUUGACCAAAACUCAAAGAAUAUUAGGUUUUAUGAUAUGUGUAUGUAUUAGUUGUUUAAUGUUUUCUCUGUCGGCUUUGUAUUUGCCAGUACUGUUAUUGAAAGCCAGGAAAUUUGCUAUUUUUUAUUCUACUGGAAGUAUUUUUGCUUUUGUAAGUGUAUCAUUUUUGACUGGACCAUUGAAUCAUUUCAAAUUUAUAACAUCCAAGGAAAAACUUCCAUUUUUACUCAGCUACAUUACAACACUUUUUUGUACUCUAUAUUUUUCAUUAUUCAUGCAAAGUACUCCUUUUACAUUACUGUCAUUAACUUUUCAUUUAAUACUGAUUUUUUAUUUUCUAUUAAACUCUAUACCGUUUGGACAAAAAGGUUUAUCAUUUUUUGGACGUGUUUUUACUUCUGCAGUUAGAAACAAAGUGUCAAAUUCUUUGCCUGUUUAAAUAAAAAAUUAAUUUUUUCUUCUAUUUUUUUUUAUUUUUAUUGUUGAUUAC